CUUCUAACAACACCCAGGGCGUAUGUUAGUUCCGUCCACUCCAAGUCUCCAAGUCCUCAAACACGCGCGAAUCUCUCCCGUUCCGAUCGCCGGAAAACCACACGCCACCGUCGCCACCAAACAGUUGAUCCGUUCAAAUACUUUUAGCUGAUCUAUCUUGUUGCAUCAAUAUCCUUAACACGAUCGAUGAUCGAUUGAUUUGUUCCGUCACAAUCAACAAUGGCGAGUCGUUGGAAUUCUAGGGUUUCUAUUAUUCUCCUCUUUUGUUUUCCAGAAGUAUUGUUGUCAGCAGUUGUUACACUUCAUUCUCUCGAAAUAUAUACAACCCAUGAGUUGCUAGCAUCAACACCCACGGUCUACUUUCGAUGUAGUGGGGAGAACAAGACAUAUCUACCAGACGUUACGAAGAAAAACACACUAUAUACUUUCAGGGGAGAAGAAUCUUUUCAGCCUCUUAUGAAAUUUGAAAGUACAAAAUGUAAGAGAUGUGGAUUCUAUGAAGAGGAUCGUAUUACAUCUGAUGACGUGUUUGACGAGUGGGAAUUCUGCCCUUCUGAUUUUAAAUCCGAUGAUGGUCGGUACAUUCGUACCAAAGACAAGGAAUUUAAUGCAACGUUUUUGUGUCCCGAGUGUGUAAAGAAAGGCACGCUCGAGAGCUCAGAUACUGCCUUGCAUGAAAAAGGAAAUGGAAUGCAUUGGUCCGUAAAACUAAUCAUUGCGAUAAGUGUCGUGGCUUCAACCGUACUACUAAUCAUAGGAUUAAUUGUUGCUUACAAGUAUUGGCUAAAAAGGAAAAGACAGCAUGAACAGGCCCGGUUUUUGAAACUGUUUGAAGACACUGAUGAGAUAGAAGAUGAAUUGGGUAUCGGUCCUCUUAGUGACUCGAUUUAACGAUAUGUUUUUGAUGUUGUUUUGACUCGUGACCGACUAUUGUAUAUAUAGAUUUGAUCAUAGAUUCAUAGUGGAUGUGAAUGUGUGAUAUGGUUAGUUGGUUCAAUAUUUUCAAGA